AAUGCUUCUUCGUUUCAACUUCUUCCUGUUGGCAGCUCUAUGCCUAGCAUUCAAUGGAAUCUAUGGAUGGGGAGACGAUUUCUUCAAUAAUGAAGGAGGUGUAGUAAAUCUUGACCAAUUCGAAGCAAAUGAACAAAAUAGAAAAUUGCAAAAGAAGAAUGGUGAAGAAAAAAAUAAGGAGAAUUCUGAAAAGCGGGAAGAGUUUAACAAAGAUGGUUCUCAUGUUCUUGGAGAGAAAGUUAACAAAGAAUCUGAUAAAAAAAUGGAAGAAGUCAAAAUGAGCGAAAGUAAAAAAAGCAUUCGCGGCUCUAAACUUGCGGCUAUGAAAAAUCGAAAAAGUAGCGAGAGUCAUGAACAUCCCGAGCCUCAUCAUGAAGAACAUCCUGAGCCUCAUCCUGAAGAACAUCGUGAGCCUCAUCAUGAAGAACAUCGUGAGCCUCAUCAUGAAGAACGCCCAUGCUCUGACAAGCCUUCUGUUCCUUCGAAAGAGAAGCCUAUUCCAGAACAUCCAAGACGCCGUACUUUGACUCCAGAGCUUCCUUUAGAUGGGCCAAGUGAAGAAAAGUUGCUUCCAAAACACCCAGAGCUUCCAUCAGAUGCCCCUUCUUCUCAGAAGCCUCCUCUUCCAGCUCCAGUUGAUAAUAAAUACCCAGCUGACCCUUUAGAGAUUGAAGAUGCUCCAUCAUCCGCUAAGCCGCCUCUUCCUCCAGUCAAUAAUAAAUAUCCAUCUCCACCUGAAGAGAUUGAUGAUGACGAUAGUACAUCUCCAAAGCCUCUUCCAAAACCUCUUCCGGCUCCAGUUGAUAACAAAUACCCAUCUCCACCUGAAGAGAUUGAAGAUGCUCCAUCAUCCAAAAAGCCUCUUCCAGCUCCAAUUGAUAACAAAUAUCCAUCUGGACCAAAGAUAGAAGGAGCUUCAAGUGUGCCUCCACCACCUGCCAAGGGAAAGAAAUGCAACUUAUGGCAGAAGAUUAAGAAGUUGGCUGGAAGAAAAGUUAACUGUUACUAA